AUGUCUAUGGCACCCAACCUCUCGCUGCAAAAGACCACGGUUGCGUUGGUGCAGCUGGGAUCCACCUCGUUCGACAAGGCGUUCAACCUCAAGCGUGCACGAGAUGCGGUUCUUAGUGCUGCAUCGACGCGACCAGGCACCGCCUCGUCAUCCAUCUCGGCACCUGUAGGUAUGGUGGUGCUGCCCGAGUGCUUCAAUUCGCCCUACGGAGUCAAGUAUUUCGCCGAGUACGCCGAGUCGUUUGGAGGCGCAUACCAAAAGAUCAAGAAGCCACUUCCGUCCGCAUUGGCGCGUAUGGGGAAAGGCAAGGAGGAAAUCCGCUGGACCAUCGACGCUUCCACAGAUCCCAGUGCUGAGUCCAAGCUGGCUCGCGAAAAGGGAAUCGGAAAACCGAUAGAGAUCGAUGAUCGCAUUCAAAAGCUCUCGCCGAGUCUCAAGAUGCUUUCCGAAACAGCUCGUGAGGCCAAUGUGGUGCUUGUCGGCGGCAGCGUUCCUGAACGUGACGAUCUAACUGGCAACAUUUACAACUCUUCCUGCGUCUUUAACGAAAAGGGACAGCUUAUCAGCAUUCACCGCAAGCUGCACCUCUUUGACAUUGACAUCCCGGGCAAGAUGACGUUUCAGGAGAGCGAAACGUUGGCCGGUGGAGAUCGUGUCACUCUUUUCGACUGCAGUUUGGGUCGCUUCGGUCUCGGCAUUUGCUACGACUUGCGCUUCCCGGAACCGGCUAUGAUUGCAGGUCGUCUCGGUGCUGGAUGCAUCAUCUAUCCUGGUGCUUUCAACACGACAACUGGGCCGGUUAGCUGGGAGCUUUUGCUUCGUGCACGGGCUACUGAUAACCAGGUUUACACACUUGGUUGCAGCCCCGCUCGUCCCAGCCAGCAAGCUCUUGAUGGUGAACUCACCGACAAAGACGGCUGGCGCGAGGGCGAAAAGGCUUAUCCCGCAUGGGGCCACUCGAGCGUCGUCGGUCCACUCGGAGAUGUCAAGGCGAAACUCGCCGAGGCGGAAGCCACUCUCUUCUUCACUCUGGAUCCGGAAGAGGUGCAACAGACAAGGAAGAACAUUCCCAUCAGCACACAGCGCAGGUUUGAUGUGUAUCCGGACAUCACAUGUGGUUAG